GCAAAUUUGUGGCAACGAUUCCAAGAACUUAUAAACUAAGUUUAUGAGGACUGAUGUUGGUGUGUUGGUUAUUUGGAGCAGCUCUCUCUGAAGACAUACAGGAAGUGCAUCAUCUCUUCUUGUCUCGCUCUGCGCUCACAGUAAAACAACAAGACGCCACUGCGCGCGCUGGACUCAACUCCAUUCAGCUCUACAGAUCAAACCACUGGAGCUCUGUGCAGACUGGGAUUAUGGCUCAAUGGUUGCAAUAUACAAUAUUGCUGACUGCUGUUUUACCUGCAUGGUCAUCUACUGAGACGAGCAGAAGACGAGAGUUCACAGAGGCACAGAUAUACCUGAGGCGGUUUGGAUAUCUAGAUACUCCAUUGAACCCAGAAGCUCAGAGAGAUUCCAGUGAGUGGGAUAUGAAAGUGGCUGUUAGUCUCUUUCAGAGGGUGUCAGGGCUGUCAGUCACUGGAAAUCUUGACAAAGCUACUCUUCUUAAAAUGAGGCAGCCGCGGUGUGGUGUUGAGGACCCCUUCAACCAAAAGUCUUUCAAAUACAGGCGAUUUGGUGGAUUUUGGCGAAAGAAAAACUUAACAUAUCGAAUUUACAACCACACGCCAGAUAUGGGGAAAAGCGCAACACAGACAGCCAUUCGCUCAGCCUUUAACUACUGGAGCGAUGUCACGCCACUCAGCUUUAAAGAGGUUCACUAUGGGCUUGCUGAUAUUAGAAUCUCAUUUCACAAGAGAGAUGGCUGUCCUUCACCUUUUGAUGGUCCUGGCCAUGUUCUUGCCCAUGCUGAAGCCCCUCCAUCAGGAAUAGUUCACUUUGAUGAAGAUGAAUUCUGGACUGAAGGGAAGUAUUUUGGUUCCAAUCUACGUAUUGUUGCGGCUCAUGAGAUCGGCCAUGCUCUUGGCUUGGGACAUUCUCAGUACAGCGGUGCUCUUAUGGCAGCACACUACACUGGCUAUCAAGCCAAUUUUAGACUGCACAUUGAUGAUAUCAGAGGAAUCCAAGCCAUAUAUGGUAAAAAGAUCUCCAGUACAACCACUGCUGAUGAUAUCUAUGAGGUAAUAUAUCCCACUACCAUGGCCCCAUUCCCCAGGAGUGAUGUGCUAGAUCCAUGCAGUGCUAAACUUGAUGCUAUAAUGCUGGGUCCCAGGCGUAAGACAUAUGCGUUUAGUGGGGAUUAUGUGUGGACGGUAACAGAUACGGGCCAUAACUCUCCAGUAAAAAUAAGUCUGCUAUGGAAGGGGCUGCCAGGAAACCUGAAUGCAGCUGUAUAUUCCCCAAGAACCAACAAGACGUACUUCUUUAAAGGUGAAAAAGUCUGGAGGUUCACAAAUUACCGCCUUGACUAUCGAUACCCUAAACCACUAAAAAGAAUCCCUGCCAACAUCGACGCUGCUUUGUAUUAUGAGAAGAACAAGAAAAUCUUCUUCUUUAAGGGCUCAGGCUAUUGGCAGUGGGAUGAGAUGGUUUAUAAUGACCUCAGCAUUUAUCCCAAACCCAUUUCCCGUCUGUUUACUGGCAUCCCAUCAAAUCCUGAUGCAGCUUUCACAUGGACCAAUGGGAAGAUGUAUUUCUUCAAGGGCGACAGGUACUGGCGCGUGAAUGAGCAGCUAUCUGUUGAUUCUGGAUAUCCGCUCAGCAAGCGUGUCCGCUGGAUGAGAUGCAGCUAAUCUGCUCCAUUGUUUUCCUUUAAACUCAGUGAAUGUUUAAAGCUACCCUAUGCAAUUUUUGACCCUCCGCUUCGCUACACCCACAGCCAAAGCUUCUUUUCUCUCCUUUUCUCAUAUGAUCUGACAUGCAUGGGUGAAUGAUGUAUGUAUGUAUGUAUGUAUGCAAUUUCCUGCGUAGUCCAUCCUAACAGCUCUAAAUUAUAAUGAUUAAUGUAGAUUUAUCAAAGUGUAUUUGAGUAAAGACGUGUUUUGGAAGAUUAAUUUUUUUGCUCUCUCUCAUUAAUUACCUUUUGCUAUUUAUUAUCAAAAAAGUUAGAUAGUUAACUUAUCAUUUUUGUCUUUCACAAUGGCUGAUGCUUUCAUUUCUUUGAUGAAGACACAAGAUACAGAAUACUGAAGUUCGUCAUGAAGUCUGUUAAAGCUACAAUUGAGAAUAAACUAAGAGAGCUGAAUUCAUUUGAGCAUCUGCAUUUUGCAUCAUGCACGUUUUAUUGUAUGUACUGUAUGUCUUAAAGAAGGCCUAAAUGUUUUCAUUUCACCAAGUAACUAUACAUACUGUACAGUGCAUUUUUCACGUUAUGUUGCAGACGUACAGUCUUAUGUUACUAAGUUACUAAAUUACUCUACACCCCAUAAUGACAAAGUUAAAACUGAUUUGUGAUAACAUUGUUUAUUAAAAUAAAAAAUAAAAAACCCUAUGAUAAUUGCAUUGCUUAAGUAUUCAGACCCUUUCCUGUGAUGCCUAAAUUUUAGCUCAGAAGCAUUCCCAUUUCUCUGGAUCAUCUUUGAUAUGUUUCUACACUUUGACUGGAGUUAACCUGUGCCAAAAUUAAAUUGAUUAGACAUUAUUUAGCAAAGCAGUGGUUCUCCUGGCAUCCCAUUGCUCUGCACACUCUCUUAUCUGACACACUCAGGCCUUGUCCACACUAAGGCCCUGUUUACACUAGUGCGUUUUCCAUUUUAACACAGUGUUUUAAAAUGAAAAUGAUCCUCGUCCAUACUGGCAUUUCCACUGCAUUUCAGAAACAAUGUCCAUCCACACUAAAUGACCAAAAAUGCAUGUCACAUGACCUUUCAUGCACACUGGUCAUGGGCGUACAAAUGUAAACAGCUGCUGAUUGCUCUAAUAAUAGCUUACCUCUUGCGCAUGUAGGCAGCUGCAGUAUUAUAAAAUGCAGAGUUUAACUGCACAAUGGCUGCUAAAUAGGACCACAAAGUCAGCAAAGCUUGCAGUUCCGUCUCCAUGUUAUUGUUUAUACCAUCGCCGAGGGUGUGUUUCCCAAAGGCAUUGUAAGUUGAUCAUAUAGAUAUGAUUAAAUCUGGGCUUACAUUGCUUUUGGGAAACGCAGCUCUGGUCUGUUAUUGUCGUGUUCCGGUAGCGUAAUGAGGGCAGCCACGCCUUCGUUUUCAAAAGUCUCAGUUUUUGUCCGUUCACACUGAAACUCAACCCCGGAGUUUACAAACUAAAACAAACUAAAUCUCACAAUUGUUGUCCUGUGGCAAAACAUGAGAGCAUUUGCGUUUUAGUCCAAACAUAUAAUGGUGAGACCUGGAUGCAUCACUGAACUGUCAGAUGUUUUGCUAAAGAACCAAAUAAAACCAAAUAAUUCCCUAAAGUACUUUCCAAAACCCUCUAACCUAACGAAAGAAAACCCGAAUUCUUCGGCAUAUUCAACGCCCUAAAACCUACUCUAACUAAGAAAACAAAAAUACAAGAAGUGGCGCACACUUCUUACCUAGUAAGAAGUCUAACACUUCACAUUACUACGUGCGCAGUGUAAAUCGCGCGAUCUGCUUACCUGUUCCCUUUUCCCCUGUAAAGAAACAUAACCUCAGUACAUUGGCAUAAAUCACAAGUACAGUUAAAGCUGCAAGCAGCAUUUAUCGGGGUUCAAGCUUUAAGGCCUUUAAGCACAUAUGCGUAAAAAGAUAUUAAGUUUUAUUUAGCAAGCAUAUAAGCACUUAGCUCAUAUAUGGAAAAGACCAUUUACAGCCAAUUCAGGCAAUUUACUAAGGAAAAAUAUGUUUUUAAAGGCUUUUUGACAAUGGUCCGAUCUCCACCCCUUUUUUUUUUUUGGUGUCUUCAGAGUGUGUCCAUACAUAUGUGUGUCAAAUUUGGUGAAAAUAUCUGAUUGGAAUAACUUGGAUUUUUUUUUUUGCCACUUCCUAUCAAAAUUUUGACAUUUGGCCUGGGGCAUUUAGUUAACGAGCUAUGGUUCCGUGUUUCCUAACGGUUUCGAAGAUAUUUGCAAAAGUUUUUUAUACGCUAAAUCACAACGUUGCACAAACCAUAAGGCGAAACCUAACAUGUUUGGUAUUGUUGGACUCGGCAAGGAUUCUGGAGUCUAAGGACAUGACUCCCGUGGUCCACAACCAAAGUUAUAUACAUUUUCAGUCAAAACAGGCAAUUUACCAUUGAAAAUAUACGGUUUUUAAGGCUUUAACAGUUAUAGCACCACCUAUGGACCGAUCUCCAUAAAAGUUGGCAUGCUUCUUUAGAGUCAUAUGCUGCAUGUGCUCACUUAAUUUCGUGAAGUUUUUUAAGUUUUCGUUAAGAUUUAUUGGCUUUUGAGAAUAUUUUGCCACGCCCAUUUAAUAAAUGACCCUGUUAUACAAUAUAUGACAAUAUAUAACAGAUAUGUUUUGAGAAUGGCGGAAGCGACAGCACAUAAUAAAGCCAUUUUCCUUAAAUGCUAACUCGCUUCUGGGUUUUUCCAACAAAAACACGUCAUCCCUGAGGUACUGUAUUAGUCUCAUUCGUUUGCAGGGUCCUCUUCAUCUGCGUUAUCGGCACACACACUUUGGAUUUGGCACAGGUUUUACACCAGAUGCCCUUCCUGACGCAACCGAGUGCUGAACCGUGGACACAAUCACACUCACACGGCCAAUUUGGCAUACCCGAUCCACCUAACCUGCAUGUCUUUGAACUCACAGUGACCCAGCCAGAGCUGGACAUGAACCCAAUCAAACAUCUCUGGAGAAACCUGAAAAUGUCUGUCCACCAACAGUCCUCAUCCAAUCUGACGGAGCUUGAGUGGAUCUACAGAGAAGAAUGGCAGAAAAUCCCUAAAUGCAGAUGUGCAAAACUUGCUGCAUCUUCAAACUGACUCAAGGCUGUAAUCGCCACCAAAGGCGCUUCAACUCGAGUAAAUACUAAGGGGUCUGAAUACUUAUGCAAUGUAAUUUUUCCAAUUAUUUCUUUAUAAUAAAUUUGCAAAGUUAUCACAAAACAGUUUUUUUGCCUAUAGUCAUUAUGGGGUAUGGAGUGUGGAUUGAAGUGGAAAAAAGUAAUUUAGUAUAAAGCUGCAACAUAAAAUUUACAUACACCUUGCAGAAUCUGCACAUUUAUUUGAACAAAAUAAAAUGGAUCAUAAAAAUUAUUUUUUAUUUAGUACAGUCCUGAAAAAGAUAUUUUAUAUAAAGGAUAUUUACAUAUAGUCCACAAGACAAAAUAGUAGUUGAAUUUAUGAAAAUGACCCCUUUCAAAAGUUUACACGCCCUUGAUUCUUAAUACUGUUUGUCGAUCCAUUUUUGUUUUGUGAUGGUUGUUCAUGAGUCCCUUGUUUGUCCUGAUCAGUUAAACUGCCCAACGUUCUUCAGAAAAAUCCUCCAGGUCCUGCAGAUUACUUGGUUUUCCAGCAUCUUUUGCAUAUUUGAACCCUUUCCAGCAGUGACUGUAUGAUUUUGAGAUCCGUCUUUUCACAAUUGAGAGAUUUAUACACAACUAUACAAAAGGUUCAAACAUUCCCUGAUGUUUCAGAAGGAAACACGAUGCAUUAAGAACCAGGGGGUGAAAACUUGAAUUUGAAGAUCAAAGUAAAUUUUAUCUUCUGACAAAUGUGAGUAUCUUCUGUAGCUUCCGAGGGGCGGUACUAAAUUAAAAAAAAAUAUGAUCUUUAAACAAAAUAAGAGAAAUUUACACAUCUUAAUUCUAUUCACCAGCUCUCACCCCCUGCCUCUUUGUUCAUGUGUUCAAUUGAAUUGCUUGGAAAUAUGUUCUGUGUUUCUUUGUGUAGUUGUAUUUUCAUUGAGUUAUUUUAUACACCACACACAGCGAUGUGUUAUGUUGAGUUCCUUGAAUAAAUAUUUUUAUGUUGUAACCCCAUUUUAACAGAACAAAUAUCCAAUAUAUUGUGUAAAUAAGAUUUGAUUGUAUUGUUUAAGAGAUCAGAACAGCAGCUCAAGGGACAAUUUGUACAGUUUGAUUUGUUUCAUGCCUCCUCAAUACAAUCAAGCAAAUCAACUUGGAUGGAUAGUUACUCAACAGGCCCUUAUUACUUAUGAUUUGUUAGGAGAAAUUAAAGAUUUCAUAUUGAUUUUGGGUUCUUUUUUAUAUUAGUUAGCCUGGUGCACUCUUUAAAAAUCUUUGACAUAAUUUAAUAAAACAGAACGGCUCCCUGCA